AGGAGACGAUGUGUCAUGCGGAUCACCCGGGGAAUCCGCCUCACUUCCCACGGUGCAGAUUGCAUGGGGAGGACCCACGAGCCUGGAGGGGAUGGAAAUAAAGCCAGGGUAUCGUGUUUAAUCUCUGCCCAGGAGAACCGGUGGAGUUACACAAUGUGCCUGGAGACCCCUGCCAGGGAGCCAAGCAGGGUGCUGCACUGGGCUCAGAGCAGCGCGGAUUUCGUUGUCCCCCUCUACUGCUUCGACCCGCGGCACCUCCUGCGCACCCAGCGCUGCGGCUUCCCCAAGACGGGGCCCCACCGGCUCAGGUUCUUGCUGGAAAGCGUGAAGGACCUGAGGGAAACGCUCAAGAAAAAAGGAAGCACCCUGGUUGUGAGGAAGGGGAAACCAGAAGAUGUGGUCCGUGAUCUGAUUACUCAGCUGGGCUCUGUCAGUGCCGUGGCUUUCCAUGAAGAGGCCACGCAGGAGGAGCUGGAUGUGGAGCAGGGGCUGCGCCAGGUGUGUAGUCAGCACGGGGUGAAGAUCCAGACGUUCUGGGGAUCCACGUUGUAUCAUCGGGAUGACCUUCCCUUCAGGCCUAUCGCCAGGUUGCCUGAUGUCUACACCCAUUUCCGAAAAGCGGUGGAAUCAGAGGCGAAGGUUCGGCCAACCCUGCGGAUGGCAGAUCAGCUAAAGCCUCUGGCUCCAGGCGUAGAAGAAGGGUGCAUCCCUACGAUGGAGGAUUUGGGACAGAAGGAUCCUGUGACUGAUCCACGAACAGCUUUCCCCUGCAGUGGAGGGGAGACCCAGGCUUUAAUGAGACUGCAGUAUUACUUUUGGGACACGAACUUGGUGGCAUCUUACAAGGAGACUCGGAACGGACUGGUGGGAAUGGAUUACUCAACUAAAUUUGCACCAUGGCUGGCGUUGGGCUGCAUUUCACCCCGAUACGUCUAUGAGCAGAUCCGGAACUAUGAAAAAGAGAGGACGGCAAAUCAGAGCACAUACUGGGUCCUGUUUGAACUGCUGUGGCGGGAUUACUUCCGAUUUGUGGCCCUAAAGUACGGCAGGAGGAUUUUCUCAUUAAGAGGGCUUCAAAGUAAAGAGGUCUCCUGGAAAAAGGACCUUGAGCUCUUCAACUGUUGGAAAGAGGGCAAAACAGGGGUUCCUUUUGUCGAUGCCAACAUGCGGGAGCUGGCUGCCACGGGCUUCAUGUCGAACAGAGGGCGGCAGAACGUUGCCAGCUUUCUCACCAAGGACCUGGGUCUGGACUGGAGGAUGGGGGCAGAAUGGUUCGAAUACCUGCUGGUGGAUUACGACGUUUGUAGCAAUUACGGCAACUGGUUGUACAGUGCUGGUAUUGGCAACGACCCACGGGACAACAGGAAGUUUAACAUGAUUAAACAAGGCCUGGAUUACGAUGGCAACGGGGAUUACGUCCGGCUGUGGGUCCCAGAACUACAGGGCAUAAAAGGAGCAGAUAUCCACACCCCUUGGGCUCUGAACAGUGCUGCUCUGGCGCAGGCAGGAGUAACUUUAGGCGAGACUUACCCACCGCCAGUGGUGACAGCCCCAGAGUGGAGCCGACACAUCAACCAGAGGCCCCAGGGCAGAAAUCCCCACCCCAGGGGCAGGACAGGACCCGCACACCCGCCGGCGCCGCACAAGGACAGAGGGGUAGACUUUUACUUCUCUCGCAAGAAAGACGCACGAUGACGGCUGUUUGCGAGCUGGAGAAGCGCUCGGUGGGCACUAUCGCUGCCGAAGAUGCCAGGAUAACACUUGAUCUCCUCGAACCAAGGCAACGAUACAAGUCUGGCCACUGUAAAGUGACUCGGGGUCUGCCCGUUCUGCGUUCCCAGGGACGAGAGCGGGAUGCGGAUAUUUGGGGGCCAUGUAUCCGCACGGAUUGUGGUGAGCGGAUCCUUUGGUUCUGUGGGCUCGCCUGCCGCUCUCCCAGGAAGGGGAAUAACUACUAUUAAUUAACCAAAACGACGUGGCCUUUCUGUUUGGAGGAGGUGUGGCUGUUUUUCCAGUGCUUUUUGCUUUGCGCUGGUGCUUUCAGCUGUCACAGCUGAAUUUCUGCCUGUCUUUACAACCUGGAGCAGAUGGUUUGUGUGGCAGGAGUUCAGUCAGAACUCUUGCCGGUGAACUUCCCUAAGCUGAUUUUUCAUGUUUCAAAGCUUUAAAAGUGCCAGUUAUUAAAAGUUUUGCUACUGG